AUGCUGGCUGACUCCAAGUAUGGACGCUUUCGCAAUGAGUCUGUAACUUCAUCAGAGGAACAGACAACUCUGCCAGCCGGAGCUAUGAGUGGACAAGUGGAUCCUGGUACACAAAGCACAUCUUCAUCAUUGGGUCAACCAUUCUCAGAACCUCAAUGCCCAGAAGAGCAGGAUGUAGCUACAACCUUCUGCAUGAUGAUACCCAGGAUGGGACAAUGGAAAUUCUCAAGUCCUGCAGCUUUCCUCAGCCGAUCCCCAUCUAGUGCUAGCAAGGAUCUGUCCCUGGAAAAGUCAGGAGCUUCUGGGGGCCUAGGAUCAGUAUUUGGAGCCUGUGAUCCUGUUUGUUCGACACCUUGUACUCUGCAGGUGAUAAACCGGUUGCGAGGAGGAGCAGGAGGAGGAGGCAGAAAAGCUUCUCGGACAGAAACAUAUAAAUUGCCAGGGGAAGAAUGGACUCGUAAAGGGACUUUGAUCAGCAAACCAGCUCAGGGAUGGCUUCAUCCUGAUGAUCGAUUGCAAGGACCUGGAGUAUCUUAUAUUGUGAGGUACAUGGGAUGCAUUGAAGUUCUACGUUCCAUGAGGUCUCUGGAUUUUAAUACAAGAACCCAAGUGACAAGAGAAGCCAUCAACAGACUUUAUGAGGCUGUUCCUGGUGUGCGAGGGACCUGGAAGAAGAAGGUGCCUAAUAAAUCUCUAGCUUCAAUCUUGGGUCGAAGUAAUCUUCGUUUUGCAGGAAUAAGCAUUGCUGUAAAUAUAUCCGUCGAGGGACUGAAUCUCAGUAUACCAACCACUCGUCAGGUUAUUGCCAGUCAUCACAUGCAAGCAAUCUCAUUUGCAUCAGGCGGGGAUGUGGACACAACAGAUUAUGUGGCAUAUGUGGCCAAGGACCCUAUUAAUCAGAGAGCCUGUCAUAUUCUGGAGUGCUGUGAUGGGUUGGCUCAAAGUGUGAUCAGCACUGUAGGACAAGCCUUUGAGUUGAGGUUCAAACAGUUCCUGCACAGUCCCCCCAAAGUGGCAGCACCCCCAGACAGGGUAGUGGUUGGGAGCGAAGAGCUGGCAUGGGCAGCAGAGGAGGAUCAGAAUUCUGAACACAACUAUUACAAUAGCAUACCGGGCAAGGAACCACCGCUUGGGGGAGUACAAGAUUGCAGAGUUAGGGAUCCAGGUGCAACACCCCAGCACCAGCCUAGUACACAGAUAGCAAAUACUGAGCAGUGGACACAGAUGGGAUCUCCAGCCAGAAAAGCACCAGUAACACAUUCUGGAUCACAGUGGGAAUUGGAAGACCAUGGGCCAACAAAUGAUAUAUACCGUGGAGGCAAUUGUCGUGGUUUAGGGCUAAGGGACUAUGAGGAGCACAUGUAUGUCAACACACAGACCCUUGAUGAAUUAAAUACAGAUAAAGAGCCCUAUAUGAUCCCAGAGGAUAGUCCAAAGAAGGAUAUCUUUGAUAUGAGACCAUUUGAAGAUGCUUUAAAACUCCAUGAAUCAAAUCUAUCAGCAUCCCAAAAACUGGAAGAUCAGUGGCCAAGUCCACCAACAAGGAGAGCACCAGUUGCCCCUACAGAAGAACAACUCAAAGGAGAACCGUGGUACCAGGGUAAAAUGAGUAGGAGGGAAGCAGAGAAGCUUCUACAGAGAGAUGGCGACUUUUUGGUGAGAGAUAGUAUCACUAACCCAGGCCAGUAUGUCCUGACUGGCAUGCACAGAGGACAACCCAAACAUCUCCUACUGGUGGAUCCAGAAGGAGUGGUCAGAACAAAAGAUGUGCUGUUUGAGAGCAUAAGUCAUCUGAUCUCCUAUCAUCUACAUAACCAACAGCCAAUUGUGGCAGCAGAGAGUGAACUGCACCUGAGGCAGGUGAUAGCACGAAGAGUAACAUCUUAGGCUCAACUCUGUUUGGA